AUGUGCAACCCCCCACACCCAUGGCAGACUCUGGCGGGGCUGGUGUCGGUGAUGGGCAAGCCCAGGGGCCAUGGCAACUGGACGUGGGACAGGUGUCUCGCGGAGCAGCGCUGGGCCGCCUAUCUUAACAACACCAGCUACUCCCGACCCGGCAACACGGGCGCCAUGGUCUGCCUCUUCAUCACGGACCAAGAGAGGCCUGCAUUCGAGCAGCAGUACGGCGGCCCCAUUCUCGACUUCUUCUUGUCGCGGCGGCAGCAGCAGGAGCUGUACUGCCCUAAAGUCCUAGAAAUGCACGCGUACCGCGGCAAUGUACUCAUGAUGGACCUCAUGCAGCGCGUGGGCGGCGAGCUCACCUUCAUGCACAGGACUGGGGACAUUGCCUUCAGCCCGGUCGUGCCCAUCGGCGCUCUCUCCCUCAACAUCACUGGUUUUGCCGUAGGGCUGCCCAUCUUGCAGCAUGCGCUGCCUCCGAAUCCCUCGGAGCAGCAGGCGGACGAGGCGGUGCUGGGAGCAGCUGGGGCGAAUGUGGACCUCGGGAUGAUCGCCUGCAAUGUGCUGCAGAACGUGUUCGCACCAGCUCCCAGCAUCACAUUCGAGGUGUAUGACAUCACGGACCCCCGUGGCCCCACAAUGAUCUACGGCCCGGGGCCCCGCUGUGUGUACUACCGUGACCGUGACAUCCUGCCCUUCACCGACAUCUCCCCCCCCAACAUCACGCGCCCCUGGGAGGAGCGAUCUGUCGUGCCGCUCGACCUGCUCGGGGCCCGCCUGCGGCGCUACCAAGUGUGGUGCCGUUACGUGGAGGCACCAAGCUCAUGGCUCUCCUGGGGCGUGCCCUUCCUCUGGGCGGCUCUCGCUCUCAUGGUCACAGCGCUGGUGGCGGCGGUGGCGUGGCAGCAGGGGGUGGGGUACGUGCGCAGCGAGGAGAGCAUGACAGCGGCGGACCAGUUGAGAGUGAAGGCUCGGGCAGCGGAGCGGUCGAAGUGCUCGUUUGUGGCGUCCAUGUCGCACGAGCUGCGCACGCCCAUGCUCGGCAUCGUGGGGCUGCUCGAUGCUCUCGAGGACCGCCGCCUCUCUGCCGCCCAGCUGCACGACGUGCGGGUGGCACGUGCUUCCGCGUACGACACGGUGCGCCUCGUCAACCGCGUGCUCGACCUCUCCAAGCUCGAGGCGCGCCGCAUGCCGCUCUGCUGCUCGCCCUUUCACCCGCACGCCUGGCUCGAGGAGGUCGUGCUGGGCUAUUGUGAGCGGGCGUGGGACAAGGGCAUCGAGGUGGCGGGCAUGGUGGAUACAGGAGUACCUGUUGUGUUGCAUAUGGACACCAUGCGACUCUCACAAGUACUCAACGAGCUCAUAGACAACGCGAUGUGCAACACAGCGAGUGGGCACGUGCUGGUGCGCGUGUCCGUGUGCCCCACUGCUACCUCCCUGGAGGACUUCAUUCGCCACCACCUCCGUGAGCGCUGCUUUGUUAUCACCCUUCACUCACUCAACUCCCCCUCUCCCUCUCUCUCUAGACUGAAGCUGCGUUUUUGCCUGCCAUUCACUGCUCUCGCCGUGCGACUCACUUUCCUUGUUACGCCAUGCGACACUCACUGUUCCUCCCUUCCCACUCUCUCCCCCCCCCUUCCCCCCCCACCUCCCGUCCCCUACCCGCCCUUGUUUCGUUCCUCACAACUCUUCCCUGCUGCCUUCCUUGGAUCCCUCUCCUGCACCCGACUAUCAGACGCCCCGCUCCACCACCACACUCCUCCGCCGCCGCACCCCUGGUCCCUCUCCUGGUUGGCCUGCCUGCACACACACCUGGGGCUCCUUGUCCGUAGAGCAGUUGCGGUGUGCUGGGGGGAGCAAAUGGAGGAUCAGGGAGUGCCAUAUGAUCGUGAGGGGAAUGAAGAGCUCUCACAACCCACAUAUGACGCACACACAGCCGUUGCAGUGCUGGGAGAGGAGGAGCAAGUGGGAGACGUGAGGGGUGAGGGUGAAGGGGAUGGCUCUGGGUGGAGGAGCAGCGGCGGCGGUGGAGAGGAGAUGCAGCUGGUGCUGUCAUGUGUCGACACGGGCUGUGGGUUUGAUGCAUCGUGGGAGGAGCUUUCAGAAUUCAAGGGGCGAUCGGAGAGUGGAGGAGCAGGCCUGGGGUUUGUGCUCGUGCACCAGCUGGUCCCUCACAACCAGCAGCAGUGGGCUCACUCGCUGAUGCUGCCCUCUCCUCACCUGCUCUCGUUAUCCUCCGUCCCCAUGUUCCAAAUCCGCACCAUGCGCCACCAGUGCCUGCCACCAUACCACCAUGCACCGUCCCUUCUUUCUCUCCUCCCAGCGCCUUGCUUGCACCUCUCGCGCCUUCUACUCGCACCUUCCUCUAAAACGCUCACAUCGCACCUUCUGACAUUACCUCACCUCACCAUACGUUACGUUCAUUGUGUUGACGCCCCUGCAUGUGCUGCUGCUAGAUACCGCGUUUCGCCACAUUCACAUUCUCGUCACAAGGUCUGA